GAUCAGUAUCUUUAGCUGAUUUGAGUCACGACUGUCAAUGAACAGCACGCAGCCAAAUAUUUCACAGUAAUUUCAAAUACAAUCACGGGAAAACACAGGUUGGAAAGCAAAUGGCUGCUGCUGAAAAGAGAAGACUAAUCUGUCUGUCGGUCAAAAUAUUUGAUCAACUUCCAAAUGGGUCUAUGGAGCGAAUAGCACUGUUACAAAGUACUCAUCAUUGGAUUUACAAAUGAAGCACUGCCGACCGGACGGCAGCAUUUUGAAGGAUGUGGGUGUUGUCGCUGAAGCCCUGGAGUGCUUUCCUUGUGUGUACAUUUCCUGGAGUUGUGGCUGUUCACUGCAGAUUGUUCUGCUGGCCUGAUAGACACCUUGUGCCAGUUACUCAUGUUCCUGACAGAGCUUCCCAUACCAGGAGAAGACGUUUAAUGUGAGAACAAUCUUUAUCAGUGAUCUGCACACCUGUUGCCAGUGUUACCCCAUAGGCCAGCAGAUGGCAAUAUUGAGUCGUUUCCUCUCACCAUCUAAAGUGAAUGUAUGCAGCCGGCAAUACACUUGUAUCCACAGCCGCGGGAAGUAGAGGUGCUAAGAUGUAUAAUAACAGCGGUCUGAUUAAAUCGAGUUAAGGAAGAACAUGAGUGGCUCUUAAAGUGUUUUGAUGUUUUCAAAAAAAUGUGGCAAUGAUCCCUUUUUCCACUUUCACCAACUGCCACUGGAAAAGCAGGUCCCAGCCAAACAAUGACUCAUACCACAUAUUAAUGAUUGAGAUGGGGUCAUAAUAUGUAUAUUUUGGGAUGGCAAGGUAAUUGGAUAUUGUAGUCAGGGGUGGUGCUUGUAGGUGGGGCUGAAUUGGACUACUUAUCUCAGUGCAUCUUAAGCUUCCAUCUAUGAAUGAGAUUGCUUUAUGGAAAGAAACACCAUGACCACUCCACUACUGAUGUCUGUUCUUCUGACUCUACCCUGCUACAGCGCACAUGGGCAGAUCAAUCCUUUUGGAAUUCCAGUCUCCGUCCAUGCUGGGAAGUUCUACGUCACGUCUCCCAGAGAUCACAUCUGCGGCGGGGUUACUCAUAGAGGUCUAGAUUUCACCUGCUGUGAAGGAGUACGUCAUAAAGGGGCGGGACUGUCCUGCUGUGGAAACAGGGUCUUUAACCUCACCCAGGCUUCCUGUUGUAAAGGUCAACUGACACUGAAUGUGAGCCAGCUGGUGUCAGAUUGCUGUGGGUGUAGGCCCUACGACCCACUCAACCAGCUGUGUUGUGACUCACAGAUCCUAACCAGGACCCAACCUCAUGCCAAGUGUUGUGGAAAAGAGCUUUACGAUGAAGACCACCAGCUUUGCUGUGGAAAUGUUUUGAAAGGAAGGAAGGUCCUGGCCAAAAUGUCCAGUCAGCACCGAUGCUGUGGAGACCACCAGUUUGACCAGCAAAGCCACUGCUGCUGCUCUGAAACACUAUUCCCAGAGCCUCUCAAUGCAAGCUGCUGUGCAUCAUCAAGUUCUAAUUACAGGGUAAUUGACGCGAGUUCUCCAAACUGUAUGCCAGGUGAGAGGCCCAAGGGUUGCUGUGUGAACCAUACAUCUCGCCAGGGGCAUCCUCACUCCCACCUCAAGACCUCUGCGGGAACACGCAGCCACACCCCAGGUCUCCACGAUAAUGCUGGCUGUGGCUCUCAGGUUUACAAUCCAGACAACAAGAUCUGCUGUGCCGGGAAGCUGUCCAAUAGGGUGCUCGGAAAAAACCUGUGCUGCGGUAAAACUCCCUAUGCUGUAGAGGACCGAGGGGUGCUGUGCUGUAACCAGAUGUUGCACCUUGGGGUGGAGGCUGGGCACCAGUGCUCCCCAGGUGGCCACUUGUAUCUGCCAUCCCGUGAAAUUGUGUGUGAGUCACGCAUUCAUCUCAACGAUCUAGGCAAACACUGCUGUGGAGAAGAGACCUACUACCCUCAGGAUGAAAUCUGCUGCAGCGGACACAAACACCGCAGGUUGGGGAACAUGUCCUGCUGCGGACGGAAGGCCUACGACCCCAGCAGUGGCCAGAUGAAGUGCUGUGCAGAUACUCUGUACAACCAGCAGGUUCGGGACAAGCUCUCAGAGGAUGCCCAGUGCUGUGGGAAUAUCCUGAUGGAGGCCGGCUCCACCUGCUGCUCCGCCCCAGGACUAGACCUGCUCUACCCUACCCAGCCAGGGUUCACCUGCUGUGGGCACCGCUACCCCAACUCCUCCCUGUGGUCUUGCUGUGCGGGCGUCCUGCACCCAAGGACUGAACGAAACACCACCAGCAUGAACAUGAUUCCAGGACUUAGGAUUCUACCACUGGGGGACCUGAGGACGGAAAAGUUGUGUGACAACAAAGUUCUGCUUGGGACAGUGGAGAGUGUGUCUGUGAAGAAGAAUACGCGAUCCAUUGUGAUGGUGAACGUCAUGUCCAUGCAGGCCUGGCGUGGCCAUGUCAACGCUCUGCCUUCCCCUCACUACCUCACAUUACCCGACCACUGCAGCUCUCCUGAAUUGGUGCCAGGCAACACUUACCUCUGGGUGAAAACAAGACAUUUCUCAGACACCAUAAACGUAAUCUCUGAUCUCAGCGACCAUCCCUCCCCUCUCCAUUCCAUCCUGUCCAGGUGCUCAAAGUGAUACAUUUAACCAUGUUGAGGGUAUUGUGUUUAUAAACAAUGGCACAAAAAAAGCAGUAACAUUUUACUUGACACCCAGUGACAGUCAUGUCCAUUUCAUAAUAUGUCAUAACAGCUGACAACCUGUCAUAACGUUUAUGAUAUGGUCAUAACACUGUCAUGACAAAUAUUUAAACUUGUGACGUAUAUUGAGUUAUUUUAUCGCUGGUUAUGACACCUACAUAAGAGUAAAAAAACACAACCUACUACGGUAGUUAUUUUAUGGCUGGCUAUGGCACCUACAUAAGAGUGUCAACCUACCACACAAGACAAAACAUUCCAUUACACCAUAGCCUACAUGUCAACAGUAUGUUUAUGCUAAUAUAUAUAUAUACACACACACACGCGCGCAUGUAUAUGCACACACUGUAUAUAUUUUUUUAAUUGACCAUAUUAAAUUAUCAUUGUGAUUAUGCACACAUUGAUGCCACACAUGCCCAUACCCCAAUGCUCUGUUGCUGAUGACUGGGAUAAAUGUAGGGGCAGAUUUCAAGAGCAGGACAAGGCGCCCUCUUUUUUUUUUGACUGAUAUAUAUAUAUAUAUAUAUGGGCAUGUAAAGCGUAUCCGGCUUAUAUAAUUAUGAUGGUCAUAAUGCUUCUUGACAUGGUCAUUAAAGUGAACAUUUCUUAGUCCAAGUAAAGUGACAGGAUGGCCAUCAAGCAUGAGUGUCCUAAAAAAACGUGACUGUAAAGAAUUCACAGCAACAACAAAGGGUGUAAGAAACCGACUUUCAAACCAAAGGAAAUUGCACUCUUAUUUAGGUGUCAUUGUCAGCCAUAGAAUAACGCUCUCUACAGUAUGCCACAACAGGUAUAAACGUAUGGGUCAUGACAGUGUUAUUACCAUAUGACACUGGGUGGCAAGUGAAGUUUGAGCAAAAAGCUUCUAUUUUUGCUUCUGAUGGGGUAGGACAUUUGAACUAAGCAAAUGAGGCAUGCGUUAUAUUCUUCAAGAAACAAUUUGUAUGUCAUUCAUUUAAAAGUCCAAAAAUGUAUGUACAGUAGCUAUCACAGAUGGCCUCUUUUAUGUUAUCAAUAGAUGUUUAAGUUAUUUUUUGAUUUGCUUACAAAAAUUGACCACAGUUUAUGGUCUCAAGGAGUCAUAUCUCAGGAUAAGCCAUAUUUUAUGAUUGUCUGGGUGGUGUUUUCCUUUAAUGCUAAUGCAAUUGUAUUGUCUUCGAUUCCCUCCUUCAAUUCCAUACUGAAGCUAUUUCUUAAUUGAAAAUUAAUUUGUUCUACGUGACACUAACAGCGUAAGAGUAAACCUGUCUGUGAAGUGAUUUGUGGUGGGGGUGGGGGGUGCAGCAGGUCGUUACAUGCUCGCCCACUCCUACAAGUUGCCUCUGAGACUCGUUCCACCAAUGCAAUAACAUCCCAGGGCACUGGGUCAAUGAGCAGAGUAUGUUAAUGAAUAAAGUAUUGUGAAACUAUGUAGAAAUGAGACGGAAUGCUUAUUAUGUAGUUGACAACCGCCUGGUUCAUCACAACUGACUGAAUCUGAGGUGACCUCAGACAGAAGAGACGUUGCCUGAAGCUGGAAUUUGGGUCGCCAUGAGCCAUGCUUUUCCUCAGGGUACACCUUUACACAAUGAGGUUGAAGCCCGUGGGGCCGGAGUUGAAGACCCAUCAAAGUUAUUCCACCACAGCACAAGAUCGGUAAGUGUCACAAUUUAAAUUUUACAUU